AUGGUUAAGAUGAGAAGUCCUUCGUGUGCGUACCUGGCACUGCCUGCUCCUAACAGCACCCUGCGACAUGGGAGCAGGCGGUGCCGCCACGCUCUCCAGUGUGCACGCCCGCGUCCUGAACGAGCAGCCGUGCUAGGGACUGCGUCAGCGACGCGCUACCGCAGGGAGCAUGCGCGUUUCCUUGUCGCUUGUGGGGCGCGCGCUCUAGAUACCCCCGAUCCUGAGGACGACCUCGGGGGCUUCUCACGGAGCGGAAGCGCUUCCCCAGCCACGGACGCCCAUUGCAAGGCAACAGAGCCGGUCAGCGACUCGAAGAUCGCUGGUGAGGCUCAGCCUGCACCUGCGGACGCACGCGACACCGCUGAGGUAUCAGAGCUGACUGGUGCGACCGACGCAUCCAAGACAUCCGAGUGGUCUAUUCGUACCCCGAAUACAAGAAGAGGGACGAAUAUCACGAAUGCGAUGCCCGUUGAGGAGCCGAUCAAUCUUUCAUUCGGUUCAUCCGUCAUGAUACCAGAGCAUCAGCAUACGAACGGAGAGCCAGCAGCAGCAGCAGCAGCAGCAGCAGCAGCUGGUGCUGGUGCCAACGAAACACGCCCUCGGAGCCCAGAUCCGUACGAGUGGCCUAUCGCGAACUUUCAAGCCUCGAAUUUGAGUUGGAUUUCAGCGGCAGAAAUGACACAAUGGACGCAACAAGAAAUGGCUUCCAAGCUCGGGAUAUCGAAUGCGUCCGAGACGCGACCAACAGCAGUCCCGCCUUUACCAAAUAGUUGCGAUGCGUUUGUUGCCUUUCUCCGGAACUGUUCACCCUACAUCUAUGCCCAUCGAAACAAGACGUUUGUGAUUCAUAUUCCAGGGCAAAUGCUCCUCGAUCGGGCCCUUUUUGAAUCAUUUAUGCAGGAUGUGGCGCUCAUCAAAAGCCUUGGCGUCCGAGUGAUCCUCGUAGGCGGCUGUCGUCCGCAGGUAGAUCGCGCGCUUGAACGUUACGGCAUUCAGCAGCGCUUCGUUCGCGGUACCCGCAUCAGCUCGCCGGAAGUGAUGCAGGCUGUUCUCGAAGCGAGCGGGUAUGUGCGCUUCUCCAUCGAGAGUGCACUGCAGAGGCGACCCAGCAACAGUGUCUCGCUCCGCACGCCGAACGUGGUAUCGGGAAACUUCUUCACUGCUCAACCCGUUGGCGUUGUUGAAGGCGUCGAUUUCGGGUACACCGGAAAAGUCCGGAAAAUCGAUGUGCAGAAGAUCAUGAAGCGCCUCGAUGAGGAUGAGAUCGUGAUUCUCAGCAACGUUGGAUUCGCUCCGAGUGGUGCGCUUUUUAAUUGUCAGAGCGAGGAAGUGGCUAGCUCGUGUGCAUCUCAGCUGCAAGCCGACAAGCUCAUCUUUAUGACGGACGGUGAGAUGCUCGCUGAUUUGCGAACGCGAACGAUUAUGCACAAUGUGCCGCUUCGGGCUGCCAUGGAGUUUUUGCAGCUGAAUGGGCAAGCGAGUCCGUACGACGCGAAUGCAAGUGCGACGACGUCAACGUCAACGUCAACGAUGACACCAGCAAAGAGCAUGACGCAGCAAGUGGAUGAACCCCGAGCUUCGCGUCCGAUGCCAGAGCGCUUUCACGUGUGCCUGCAGGAGAGCGUUCGCGCGCUCCGCGGUGGUGUCACCCGAGCGCACCUGAUCAACAUGUUCGUAGACGGAGCGAUCCUUAUUGAACUGUACACGAGAGAUGGCGUUGGUCUCAUGAUCAGUCGCGAUAUCUACGAGGGUAUACGAAGCGCGAAAAUCUCCGAUAUUCCCGGUAUCAUGGAACUGAUCCGGCCACUACAGGAGGAAGGCAUUCUGGUACCGCGCUCACGCGAAGCGCUCGAGGCUGAAAUCCAUCGCUUUCUCGUUGUGGUUCGUGACGGUAUGGUGACUGCUUGUGCGGCGCUGGUACCGUACGGCUCUGGUGAGGCAGCAGAGAUUGCGUGUUUCGUGGUGAGUCCUCAGUACCGGGGUCGUGGCAAGGGCGACGCGUUGCUGGGCUUUCUGGAACGCCGAGCACUCUCCCAGGGUAUUCGACGAGUUUUUAUUCUGAGUGUGCGCGCUUUUCACUGGUUCCUAGAGCGCGGUUUCCGGGAAGGAACCAUUGAUGACUUGCCGCCGGAAAAACGCAAAACAUAUAACUUUCAUCGGAGAUCCAAGAUCUACAUCAAAGACCUGAUCUCACAGCGAGAGGUUGACGAAGAAGAGCUGCUGCGUGGUUUGUAG